GCCGCGGAGCCCCGCCUGCCGCCAGCUCUGCAGCUUCAGGGACCCCGGCGCUGGGGGCUGCCCGAGCCUCCUUUCAAUGAAGGGAUACAUGUGUUCUUCUAAAUAUCCUCUGCGACAGAAGAUUUUCAUCCUGUUUUUGACACUAUGGUUGUUCUCUUUAUUGAAACUUUUAAAUGUGAAAAGAUCCUACUUCUCUGGAAAAGGCAUUUACUUAGUCGAACGAUCUUUAAGCACUUCAUCUUAUGUAAGAAACAGGUAUACUUUUGUCAGAGGUGAAUCCAGGUAUAAAAUUAACUGUUCCCAUAUUUAUGAGCAGGAGCCUGUGGAGAUUGGCAAGACUUUGGAGAUAAGAAGGAAAGACAUUAUUGAUUUAGAUGAUGAAGAUGUUGUAGAAAUGACAAGAGAUUGUAAGAUCUAUCAGUCCAUAAGAAGAUACCACCUUAAGCCUGUUUCAGUGGAAGAACAAAGAUUCCCAAUAGCUUAUUCUUUGGUGGUUCACAAAGAUGCCAUCAUGGUUGAAAGGUUGAUCCAUGCAAUAUACAAUAGUCAUAAUAUUUUCUGCAUCCAUUAUGAUCAGAAAUCACCCAACACUUUCAAACUAGCCAUGAACAAUUUAGCCAAGUGCUUUUCCAACAUCUUCAUUGCUUCCAAAUUAGAGACAGUGGAAUAUGCUCACAUUUCCAGGCUCCAAGCUGAUUUGAAUUGCUUAUCUGACUUGCUCAAGUCCCAUGUUCCAUGGAAGUAUGUUAUUAACCUUUGUGGACAAGAUUUUCCUUUAAAAUCAAAUUUUGAAUUAGUAACUGAGUUGAAGAAAUUAAAUGGGGCAAAUAUGCUAGAGUCAGUAAAGCCAAGUAACAGCAAAAAGGAAAGAUUCACUUAUCACCAUGAACUCAAAAUUGUGCCUUAUGACUACAUGCUAAUGCCUGUAAGGACAAACAUUUCCAAGGAAGCUCCCCCACACAACAUUGAGAUUUUUGUGGGUAGUGCUUACUUUGUUUUAAGCCGAGCCUUUGUUAACUAUACUUUCAAUAACCCCAUCGCUAAAGAUUUUUUUGAGUGGUCUAAAGAUACAUACUCCCCAGAUGAACAUUUCUGGGCCACCAUGAUCCGAGUACCAGGAAUACCUGGGGAGAUUUCCAGAUCAGCACAAGAUGUCACAGAUCUACAAAGUAAAACCCGACUGGUCAAAUGGAAUUACCUGGAAGACCAUUUCUAUCCUCCUUGUACUGGAUCUCAUCUCCGUAGUGUAUGUAUCUAUGGGGCAGCUGAAUUAAGGUGGCUUAUGAAAUACGGACACUGGUUUGCCAAUAAAUUUGACUCCAAGGUAGACCCAGUUUUAAUAAAAUGUUUGGCUGAAAAACUUGAAGAACAACAGAGAGAAUGGGUUCGUAUAUCUUCAGAAAAAUUAUUUAUGUUUAGAAGUCCCAGGUCUGCGUCACUGUGAACCACCAUGAUAGAAAUAUUACAAUGAAGUGAUGAUUGUUUUUAAUAAGUUUAUAUUAUAUGAUGAUAUGUAGCAUCAUUAUGAUUAUAUAAAUGUGUAUUCUCCUAGAUUUUGAAAGAUGUUUGAUACACGGGGAUGGAAGAGUAUUAUCAAAAGCUGGAAUAGUGAUAAGAUACCUGUCUAUCACACCUUUUACAAUUCUGCUGGAUGGAAUUUUUGUGAUCUUCAAAAUAUUUUGGUAUCAAAGGGCAAAUUAUACUAAUGAGGCAUAUCAUGCCUUUGGGAAACUUCUCAUCAAAUUCAUAUAUGGCACCUUUAUAUUGACCUUGAGACCUUCAUAGUAGUCCAUGUGGUAAUUAGAUACUGCUGAAGGAAAUUUGGUCAGAGCACACAAAAGGGAACAAUGCAUUUCAGAUGGUCUUUAAGCCCAGUAAUUAACAUUCCAUUCCUCUCUCAUUUCAGUUGCCUAACUUUUUAAAAAACUUUUGAAAGAGUAGGAGGGAGGACUGUGUACUACCUCAGGAGAGCUCGAAGAAAAGUCCAACUUCCUGCCAUAUUGUAGUUUGCAAGUAAGUCAGUGCACCUUAUACUCAGGGUGCCUGAUGGCACAUGUGUAGAGGACCAGAAUUCUGGAGAAGUAUACUUGAAACAAGGUGUUAACUCAGUGGAAUUGAUGAGAUGAUGGUUCUCUAGUAUGUACUUAGUACUUAGU